AUGGAGCCGGCAGCUGUAACAUCAUCGAUUGCCCAGCUAGUGACGUUUUCAGGAAAUCUCCAGAUAAAAGUUACUGGGUUUACGGAUGAGGUUCAGCAUGCCCAGGACAAAGAGCUAGGACUCCUGAGGAGAUUGAAACGGCUCCAUGAUACCCUUGAAAUACUAUUUACCGCUCUCAUCAGGAGGCAAAGCCAGACUGGCUUUGAUCACACAGAUCAGGACGAGCAGCAAAUCCUCGAAACUAUGAAAGAGGUCCUGCAAGAUAGUGACACAUGUAUUUCAAAGCUAGUGGCAGAAAGACGGUCACGGUUUAAACCCAAAAUUAUUAAACGCCGAGCGAUGCAGAGGAUCGAGUCCAGGAUAAUACCCAGCACGGCCCGAAGACUCUGUCCACAAUGCCCUCACAAUCACUGGUUCCAAUACGGACGCACAAGCUCUGUUCUGUUCCCAAUAUAUAUCUCAGACGUGGCCUGUAACUGGGAAGCUUAUCAUGAAGCUCCUAGGACGCGUGUAAGCACGUUGACAAUGUCUACAUCUGUCCGAGUAGAGCUGAUUUAUUGUCUAGAUCCAGAAAACAAUCUCAAAGCAUGGAUCGAAAAACGCCAUUUUAUUCUUUUCGCUUCUGGCACAGUAGAUUCACUUGCGGAGAUUGGUCAACAGCUCGGGUGGCUAGGUGCUGCCCUCCGCUCCUCGCCAUUCGAGACUGGGGUGGCUUUCUGUAAGCCAUAUAUCAGGAAGCUCUCUUCGCAAGAGUCCGGACGUGUCUUUUUCAGAAUUGAUUUUGUCAUUGAGACAAUUCAAGAGGGUCUCAAGCCGUCUAAUUGCCAAUGUUGGUUUGACCUGUUCAGAAACCCCGUCGUUGUCAAAGGGUAUCCGAUCCCACGCAGAUCAAAAAUUGAGACCGGCCUGGAAAUACCGCUUAAUAUCAUGUCAGCGCUAGUAGACACAAACCGCGUGAACGUCUUCGAUGGGAAGGUCUUUAUCAAGGGAUUUUCAUCAAUGCUAAUUCCUGCAAGAAAGUCUGGAGACUUACUAUUACAUCUGGCACCUUCUGUGCAACAAGGAUGGAGAACUUGGUUGGUGUUCGGACGCGAUAUACCAUGCCGUUGUCCUCGGAAACAGAGACAAACCGGUUCGGAUAUCACGACAGGGUUACAUACGGUGCUCGAGUGGAUUUCCAAGAAGUUCGUUGUGCUCUGGGAUGAAGGUGACAAACGUGGUUGGUUGGUUAAUGGCACGAGUGCGUUGCUCCAUCUCGUACGCGCGUCCCUGGAGCAAAACAGAACCGGGAAAUUUCGAUCCGUAUAUACCUUCCGGCCAGAUCAACUGGUGGAAGCUGCCUCACCGCACACUCCGGACUCUGCCCUUGAGGUACUUAUGCACCCGCAAAACAGGAAGCUGAAAAUUUACGAUGAGAGCGGAGAAGAUGCCAACGAAGACGUCCACACCAACAUUCUUGCACAGCGCAUGGAGAGAUCAUACUAUUGCUUUCAGGACAGAGUCGAGCAGCUUUACGAGAGUCUAGAGAAAAUGAUCGACUAUGAGAUCAACGCCAACGGCCAACAGGGAGUGAAGGUGAAGUUCAGGGCCCGAACGCACCUCGAAGGAUGGGACUUCAAAGACCUUGCCAUGGAUAAUGAUCCGUUCUAUCCCCGCGUGGCUAGGCUGCAGGCAAUUGGCAAAGGCUGGGUCGACUUUACGAGAAGUAUCCAUGCCAUAGUUUUAUUUGGAAAAAAGUUCGGCGAGAUCAUCCAGCCAGCAGAGACCUGCAAGACCUGCGAUUAUUGGGCUCAAGUACCCAAAGGCACAUACUAUCUCGCCGUGAGUGUUCCAGAUCUCAAUGAGAUCAUAGAUAUGCAUGGCGAUCCGCAAUCGAACCCCCUGCGAAUCUGCAACGACAUCUUUUGGCACAGCCCAGACCCGGGAGAUGGACAGUGCUGCUGCAUGAUCUCACAUCCACGUAGGACGCUGUCCAAGAGCCGUAAUGAGCACUCGGACUUUUCGCAAGUCCUGCUCCCUUCGACUCUGAGCCGUAUCAUCCCAAAACGGAGCCCCAGGCGGGAAAAGCUAGGAGCCGUCAUAUUUGGACACAACAUGAACUUCCCAUGGUACUGGAAAGAUCACGGAGAUCCUGAACCGGGAGAGCCACCAGACGUAGCUGGAAUAUCCAAGACUCCGCGUGUCCAGUCCAAUGAUAGUGACAUUGGCUCAAGCCUUGGCUCGUUGUCGGCAGGAGAUGCUGAAAGGUUGUCAGAUGCAGGUUUGGAACACCAGAAGAGUUCCCAAACCAGUAGAUCGUUAGGAGAAGAAUCCUCUCUGUCCCCGCAACUAGCAUCUUCAGCAACCACAAUGGAAAAUCAGAUUCCUC